AUGAGGGUUUUGCUUCUCUUCUUGCUGUUACAACUAUUAACCACUUCCUUCGCCCUGAAACCCGGCCGCUUGCCGGAAUUCCGAGCUCUUCUCUCCCUGAAAACCGCCAUUACAGAUGACCCACAAUCCUUUCUUUCCACAUGGAACACAUCCACCACCCACUGUACAUGGUUUGGCGUCACCUGCGACUCUAGACGUCAUGUGACGGCCUUAGACAUCUCCGGUCUCAACCUCACCGGCGUUCUUUCCUCCGACAUUGGUCACUUGCGCAACCUCGUUAACCUCACCGUCGCUGCCAACAACUUUGUCGGACCCAUCCCACCGGAGAUUUCCUUUAUCUCUGGUCUCCGACUCCUUAACCUAUCAAAUAAUAUUUUUAAUGAAACGUUCCCGCCGGAGAUUUCCAGCCUUAAGCUUCUCGAGGUACUUGACCUUUACAACAACAAUCUCACCGGCGACCUCCCGGUUGGCGUCUCUGAAAUGACCGCCCUCCGUCACCUCCAUCUUGGCGGAAACUACUUUUCCGGUAUUAUUCCACCGGAAUACGGCCGGUUUGCUUCCCUUGAAUACCUCGCCGUAUCUGGCAACGAGCUCACCGGUCCUAUUCCUCCGGAGAUUGGAAACUUAACUACACUCAAACAGUUAUACCUAGGCUACUACAAUGGUUACUCCGGUGGUAUACCUCCAGAAAUCGGUAACUUAUCGAGCCUUAUCCGUCUCGACGCCGCAAACUGCGGUCUCUCGGGCAAAAUUCCUCCUGAAAUCGGAAAACUUAAAAACCUAGACACGUUGUUCUUGCAAGUAAACGGACUCUCUGGAUCUCUAACGAAUGAGCUUGGAACUUUAAAAAGCUUAAAAUCAAUGGAUCUAUCAAACAAUAUAUUCACCGGAGAGAUACCGGAAUCGUUCAAAGAGCUCAGCAAUCUUACCUUGCUCAAUCUGUUCCGUAAUAAACUCCAUGGCUCGAUACCGGAGUACAUCGGAGAUCUGCCGCAAUUAGAGGUGUUGCAGCUUUGGGAGAACAAUUUCACCGGCGGCAUUCCUCAAGAGCUUGGCCAGAACGGAAAACUACAGAUCCUUGAUGUGUCUUCGAACAAAUUAACCGGCUCUCUUCCUCCUAAUUUGUGCACAGGAAACAAGCUCGAAACCCUAAUCACUUUAGGAAACUUCUUGUUUGGCCCAAUUCCGGAAUCUCUGGGUGAAUGUCGAUCGUUGAGCAGAAUUCGGAUGGGGGAAAAUUAUCUCAACGGUUCAAUUCCAAAAGGGCUUUUCAAUUUGCCCCAUUUGUCACAGGUUGAGCUACAAGAUAAUCUUCUCUCCGGCGAGUUCCCGGCGACAGAUUCUGUUUCCAUCAAUCUCGGUCAGGUUAGCCUUUCCAACAACCACCUCACCGGUCCGUUGCCGGCUAGCAUUAGUAACUUGUCCAGCGUGCAGAAGCUUUUGCUCGAUGGCAACAAGUUUACGGGACGAAUUCCUCCAGAAAUAGGGGAAUUACAGCAGUUGUCAAAGAUUGAUUUCAGUCACAACAGUUUUUCCGGGGAGAUAGCGCCGGAGAUCAGUCGGUGUAAGCUCUUGACAUAUGUGGAUCUCAGCAGGAAUGAAUUUUCCGGUGAGAUCCCAACUGAAAUCACAGGUAUGCACAUCCUCAAUUACUUGAAUCUAUCACGCAAUUAUCUGGUAGGAAGCAUUCCAACAUCCAUUGCAUCGAUGCAAAGCUUGACAUCUGUUGAUUUUUCGUUCAACAAUCUUUCCGGUUUGGUUCCCGGCACCGGUCAAUUCAGUUACUUCAAUUACACUUCAUUUGUGGGGAAUUCCGAUCUCUGUGGACCUUAUUUAGGCCCUUGUAAACCAGGGGUUAUCAAUGGCACCCGUCAAUCACCUUCAAAAUCGCCAUUAUCUCCUUCUCUGAAGCUUUUACUCGUUAUCGGGCUGCUUGUUUGCUCUAUUGCCUUUGCUGUUGCAGCCAUUAUCAAAGCUCGAUCCAUAAAGAAAGGAAGUGAAGCUCGAUCAUGGAAGCUCACCACUUUCCAGCGCCUAGAUUUCACUUGUGAUGAUGUUCUUGAUAGCUUGAAAGAAGACAACAUUAUCGGAAAAGGAGGAGCCGGGAUCGUUUACAAAGGUGUUAUGCCAAACAACGAGCUCGUGGCUGUCAAAAGAUUGCCCGUUAUGAGCCGGGGUUCAGCUCAUGACCACGGAUUCAAUGCCGAGAUUCAAACCCUAGGGAGAAUCCGGCAUCGGCAUAUUGUGCGAUUAUUGGGGUUCUGUUCAAACCAUGAGACAAAUCUUUUGGUUUAUGAGUAUAUGCCAAAUGGGAGUUUGGGAGAAAUGCUUCAUGGAAAGAAAGGUGGUCAUUUGCAUUGGGAUACAAGAUAUAAGAUCGCGUUAGAGGCCGCAAAGGGUCUUUGCUAUCUUCAUCACGAUUGCUCGCCAUUGAUCCUCCAUCGUGAUGUUAAAUCUAAUAACAUCCUUUUGGAUUCCAAUUUCGAAGCUCAUGUGGCCGAUUUUGGGCUUGCAAAGUUCAUGCAGGAUUCUGGCACCUCCGAAUGCAUGUCCGCCAUUGCUGGUUCUUACGGCUAUAUUGCACCAGAAUAUGCGUACACGCUUAAGGUCGACGAGAAGAGCGAUGUGUACAGUUUUGGUGUGGUUCUUUUAGAACUAGUAACGGGUCGAAAACCAGUCGGAGAAUUCGGGGAUGGUAUUGACAUCGUUCAAUGGGUAAGAAAGAUAACAGAUGGUAAGAAAGAAGGCAUCUUGAAAAUCUUGGAUGCUCGACUCUCCACCGUCCCCAUCCAUGAGGUGAUGCAUGUGUUCUAUGCCGCAAUGUUGUGCGUUGAAGAACAGGCGGUGGAACGCCCGACCAUGAGAGAAGUUGUUCAGAUAUUAACCGAGCUUCCAAAGGCUCCGGCCGCCACGGAUUCACCAUCUCCGCCAGCAGCAGCGGGGGCGGAGGUAGACUCUUCAAAAGACAAGGAAGGGCAAAACCAGCUUACUGAUCUUCUAAGCAUCUAAGAUUAGAAAUGGUGUGCAAUCAGAAUGUUUGUUGUUAAGUUUUAUAUUUGAGAUUGCUUUUUGGGGUUUAAGUAUGGUUUAUGGGGGAGGGUUUACAGUUUUAACUGUUGAGGAUGUUUUGUAGUGGUUUGGAGGUGAUUUAUGUAUAGCAGCAUUGGUUGGGGGCUUGACUUAAUAUUAUUACUAAUUAUUCACUA